CUUCUUCAAAAUCCCAGUCCGAACAAAAAACGCAGAGGAAACGCUUCAUUGUAUGAUGGCUACCUUGCUGGAGAACGAAGAGGACUCCAGUGACAGCGAUGAAGACGUUUUGGACGAGGACUUGGAAGCCCUAAGGCAAGCCUGUAUCCUCACAGGCACUACUCCCGGCAAUGUCCGUGACUUUCAAGGCAGUAAGAGCACGUCGCCGUCUACCUAUGCCGCUGUAGAGGCCAUUAAACCUAUUGGAGGAGGUUCUUUGGUGGCUUCGGACUCUGACAGCGACGAAGAUUUUCAACUGGUGCGCAAUAUACAGGAUCGGUUCUCUUUAACGGCGGAUUCGUGCGAACCGCUCUCCUUGAAGCCUUUAUCUGCUAUUCAUCCCUUUCUGGAUCGGGAGGAGUUGGAAGACGACGAUUUUGAGACUCUACGAGCUGUUCAGAGGCGUUUUGAGGCCUACAAUACCGGUUCGUUAGAGAACGGAAAAGAAGAUUUUUUACAGAACCAGGAGCAUAUCAAUGUAUCAGGCAAAGCCUCCAAGAAUGAAACUUUGAAUUAUUCCAUUGUUAAUGAAAGGCAUGCUUGCGAAGAAAAUAAAGAUUUAGGGGAAGGUGGUGAUGCCCCCCAAUUAUCUGGUGAUUGCAAGGAGAUACAGCUGUUUGAUUCGAGGGACCAGCAUCAAUCAGAUGCUUGUAAGUUUUCUAUGUUGCCAUUGAGAAAUUCUAGCUUCCCAAAGUCUGCACAGGUGUUUAUUGAUGCCAUUAAGAAGAACAGGUCAUUCCAGAAGUUUGUGCGUGCUAAGAUGACUCAGAUUGAAGCAAGACUAGAGGAGAACAAAAAACUUAGGGAACGCAUUAAAAUCCUGAAAGACUUCCAAGCUGCUUGCAAAAAAGUAACAGGGCGAGCAUUAUCCCAGAGAAAGGAUCCUCGUUUCCAACUGAUUUCAGCACGAGAUUCAAAGGUUAAUGCUAAAAAGGCCUCUGCUACUCACUUUGGCCCAGUGGAGAAUUAUCAUGUUGCUAACUACAGAGUCGCAUUGACGAACUUUCCAAUUGUAUUACACCGAAAUAAAUGGACAGAGGCAGAGAAAGAGAAUCUUGUGAAGGGGAUAAGACAACAGUUUCAGAAAUUGGUGCUUCAAAUUUCAGAAGAUUUAUUCAGUGGUUCAGAGGGAACUUCUGGAAAUGCAAGUAGUUUCGAUGACAUACUUGCAUCUGUUAGAGAUUUCGAAAUUACACCGGAACAAAUUAGGGAAUUUCUUCCCAAAGUUAACUGGGAUGAGUUGGCUUCCUUGUACGUCAUGGGUCGUUCUGGUGCUGAAUGUGAAGCAAGAUGGUUGAACUUUGAAGAUCCCUUAAUCAAUCGCGAAAAAUGGACCCCCAAAGAGGAUAAGCUUCUUCUGUAUAUUGUCCAAGAGAAGGGGAUCACAAACUGGUUUGAUAUUGCAGUAUCACUGGGGACAAACAGGACCCCAUACCAGUGCUUGGCCCGCUUCCAAAGAAGUUUAAAUGCUUGCAUAUUGAAGAAGGAGUGGACCAAGGAAGAGGAUGCUCAACUUCGAACUGCCGUAGAAGCUUUUGGUGAGAGUAAUUGGCAGUCCCUAGCUUCUACUUUAGAAGGUCGCACUGGUCCUCAAUGCUCCAAUAGAUGGAAAAAGUCCCUUCACCCUGGCAGACAAAAGGUGGGGAGGUGGGCGCUGGAUGAAGACAAGCGCUUGACGGUUGCUGCAAUGAUUUUUGGACAAAAAAAUUGGAACAAAAUUGCUAAGUUUGUGUCCGGUCGGACUCAAGUGCAAUGUAGAGAAAGAUGGGUGAAUUCUUUGGACCCUUCUGUAAAUCGCAGUAAAUGGACUGAAGAAGAGGAUUCCAAGUUGAAAGCAGCGGCCGCAGAAAAUGGAUAUUGCUGGUCUAAGGUUGCUUCAUGUUUACCUUCACGGACCGAUAACCAGUGUUGGAGGAGAUGGAAGGUGUUAGUUCCAGAUGAAUUUAUUCGGCUCCAACAAGCAAGAAGGAUACAAAAAGCUGCUCUUAUUGGCAACUUUGUGGAUCGGGAGUCAGAGCGUCCUGCACUUGGUCCUAAUGAUUUUAUUCCCUUGUCGAUGAUUUGUGCAGUUCCUGAAUCUGAGAAUGUGAAUCAGCCAAGGCAAUGUAAAAGGAAAUUAAGCAGUGUUUCAAAGAAAAUUACAUCCAAGAGGCUUAGAAAAGAAGCUCAAAUUUGUUCUGAAGAAGUCCCAGGGACCAUCAAUGACAAUGAAGUUGAGAUCUUUGAUGGGCAUGAUGCCACUCCAAAUAAAAAGAUGACAAACUGUAAUUCCCAACUAAUGACUGGUGGAUGUGAAGUAGUUGAUAGUGUUGAGAAGAAAAGGUUUCUCAAAUGUCAGUCUGAAAGUAGUAGAUCUUUGGAACCAGAUGGAGAGAGAACAAGCCUCCUCGUAUUUCCCUCUGAAAGUUUGGAAUCAGGGACAACUGAUGGUGGUAUUAUCAGGACCUGUGAUGGGAGGAAUGCUACUUCAAAUAAGAAAAUGGUAUCCCGCAAACAGCAUGCUAGAAAAAGAUUGCAUGUUAAAUCAGGUCAAGAACAAUGUGGUAUGGGGUCUUUUGGAAUGUCCUUAUUAUCCGGAACUAUUGAUGGUACAGAACUAAUAAAUGAUCCUUCAGUUCAUCAGGAUUCAACAUCAUUGAUGGUGACGAGUGGUGAAGAGCCUGGCAUUCUUCAUGUGGACAAUGCUUCUGGGGAGAAGACUCCUAAACUGCGAACAAGAAGGAAAGCAUGUAUAAGUUCGGAUGAACGUUGCAAUGGAUUAGCGAAGCCCCUUCAAAGUAUGGAAUUGAGAAAUACGGGUUGCAAGGGAGGUUGGAACCUGGUUUUCGAUACAAUCACUUCGAGUAAGGGAGAUGGUUUUCUGAAGCAGUUCCGCAAAAGGAAAAGAAGACCUGAAUUAGCCAAGGAAUGCCAGGAAAUUCAGAUUGUUCAUGGUCGGCGAGAUGGCCCCAAAAUUUCAAAAUAUAGAGCCGAAACUUCUUCAAAGCAACUUUUACAAACACCAGAUGAUGAUGACAUUAAAAUUUCUGCUCUUCUCAAUAAUAAAUUGAAGAACAGAAAGUCUCAAGUUGCGAGAAGUGCUUGUCAGUCUUGCUCCCCAACCAUGGAAUCGUGCGAGAAGCUCGAUGGACUAGAUGCAGUUGAUUGCAGGGCCAUUGACCCUUGUCAACCUGUGAGCACUGAUCAAUCUUGUGACUGUGAGACCGAUGACAUUACUCUUGCUUGCUUUUUGCGUAAUAGUCAUAAGAAAAAUGAUAUGGAUAAGAUCAUUGCCCCCCUUGAACAUGGCAACACUGGGCAGGAAGGCAAUCAUGCUGCUGAUGUUGAUACUCUUGCUUGCUUCCUGCGGAGUACAUCAAAGAAACGGCGCCUUAAGAAAAAGAAGUUGGAGCUGCCUGCGGAUUAGGUAGAACAAUCAAGUUGUCAAGCUAAGACUUCUUGAAAUGGUAGUAUCGGAGACUUUGUCUUGUAGCAGCAUAAAACCAAGUGUAUCCGUGGUAAAAGGCAACCCAAAAAAAGUUGAUUUUGUAGGGAAUCAAACUGUUCCUGAAGAUCUGUGGAAGAGGUGGUCUACGCUAAUUUCAAGCAGUGUUUUAUGCUUGUGAAGAGCUCGGAUAUGACUGUGCUCUGGUAUUUGAGAGGCUUGUCUAUGCGUGAACAUCAUAAUGUGUAGUACAGAGAAUUAUGCGGAGUUAUGGUGUCGGAGUUCUCGUUGCUUGAUGCCCAUUUUUUGCACGAGUAUAUAGUAUAUGCUCAUUGAGUAACUAGGAGUUUUGUAGCAGUUUAGUUACUUGGGAUACUUUAACGCAGGCUGGUGUACGCAUUAUCUUAUUCAUGAGUCUUACCCUCAGUGCGAUAUUUGUGACGAGUUCUCUUCUUCAGUAUACGGCAUUGCCAAAAAUUAUCUCUCAGCGUCGUGGUAUUACCAUUAUUAACAACAUUAAUUUGUCGAAGAAAAUGGAUUCGGAAGACUUUGCAACACUAAUUGGUGUCUUCUAAAAUAUUUAUUUUUUGGGAUUUUGAGUUGCUCAAA